AUGGUAAAUAAUUACUCUCGUAACAGCGAACAGGAACGUGAUGAAGUACCGAAUACAUAUGGAUUUUUUGUUUCACCCAAUGAACUCGAAAUGGAAGAAUCAGUAAAAGCAUCAGUAGCGCGUCGUCGAGAACAAAAAUGGCUGGAUAUGUUUGCUCGAUGGGCGACGUUUAUUGAUUCACGUUUCGAUAAAGUCAAAGAACGAUGUCGGAAAGGCAUACCACCAUCUGUACGCGGUCAAGCUUGGUAUCAUCUAUCAGCAGCUAAAUUUCGACAUGAAAAUGCGGACAGAAAUUGUCCGACAGGAAGUGUAUUCAGUUUCUAUUUAACACAAACGCCAGCAUCACACGUAGUAGAUGAUAUUCGAAAAGAUCUCGCACGAUCUUUUCCCGACCACGAAAUGUUCCGAGACGACGGUUGCGGACAACAGAGUUUAUAUGAUGUAUUGAAAGCAUAUGCUGUACAUGAUCCUGACGUUGGUUACUGUCAAGCACAGGCACCCAUUGCUGCGAUCCUCCUAAUGCAUUUACCACCUGAACAAGCAUUUUGGGUUUUUGUUCAGAUUAAUGAAGAAUACGUAAAAGGAUAUUUCAGUGAUGGCCUAAUGGCAGUUAAAGAAGAUGCAUUAGCAACAGAAUUGCUUAUACAAAAAGUUACAUCGAAAGGUCAUCGUCUACUUAAAAAACUUGAUGUCGAUCCAAUAUUAUAUACACUCGAUUGGUAUAUGACGUUAUUUUCGCGAACAUAUCGUGCCCCUCAACUAUUUCGUAUCUGGGAUAUGUUUUUUUGCGAAGGUGUUAAAGUAUUAUUUCGACUCGCGCUUGUAAUUGUGCGUGAAACACUUGAAAUUGGUCCAACUGAUACCGUCUCAAAAGCACAUAAAUGUGAUAAUGCUAUGGAUCUUGUUGCACUCAUUAAACAAACAGCAAAACAACUUCCAUUCGAAACUCUUCUAAUCAAAAUGGAUAAACUUCCUCUAUCAGAUAUUGAUCUUGCUCAGGCAUGUGGACAAGCAAGACAACAGUUAAGUUCGGACUUGAAUGGAAACAAUAAUCGAAAUAAAAGUGCAUCACGUUCACAAGCGAAUAAACAUAAAUAA